UUUGUGGCUGCGGCUAAGGCUAAACGCAGCCGUUGCUACUGUGACGGCUCCACACCAGGCCGUCUGAUUCAUAAUAAUGGGGAAGAAGAAUCGUUUUACCGGUGGAGCAGCCGGUCGGAGGACUAUAUUACAACUUUCACCGCCCGGUUCUCGAGGUGUGAGCACCGGCGAAGCGCACUCGGGAUCCGAAGAUGAACAAGACGGGGAUGCGCCCAAGUUCCCACGAGACAGACACUCCAAAACAAAGGCCCCCGCGGUCAGGGCCACAGAGGGUUUGUCUUUGCUCGGUGCGUAUGAGGACAGCGAUGACGAUGAUGCUGUAGAACGGGCCCCUGUGACUUCUCAACACAACCAGUCUGCGGACAUUGACAGUACUUUGGCGGAUUUUAUGGCUGAAAUCGACGCAAUAACGACCCAGCCAACCGCAGAGGGUGGGACAUCAACACCACCAACUGAGAAUAGUACUCAGAAAGCUGAUGGUACAGAAGCACAACCAAGUACAGAUGCUGCUUUUGAAUACAAUACUCAGGACUCGUUAGCUGGAGUGGGAGUUGAAAUGGGAGACUGGCAAGAGGUAUGGGACGACAACUCUGGCUGUUACUACUAUUGGAACACCGUGACAAAUGAAGUGUCUUGGGAGUUGCCUCAUUACUUGGCUGAUCAAGUUCAAAGUCUUGGAAAACAUACAGCCAGCUCUGAUGUCAAUGGUAACGGCACAGUUAAUGAUGAUCACCAUAUGGAGGAAACAGCCACUAAAGACACUACGUUGAUAGAGACUAAAGUGCAGAAAGAAGUUAUUGAAAGUGUUGUGGCCCUUGCCAAUGAAGAGGAAGAGCGUUGUGGAGUUGCUGCUUCUCUUUUAGGUCCUUUAAUUCCCUCUGAAGUAAAAGAGGCAGAGGAAAAGUGGAGAAAGAGACUUCUUAAAGGUUUAGAUGAGACGGAACAGUCUUUGGAUUCUGAUGGAGAAGGUGCACGUUCUAUAGACUCGCCUUCUGCGCCAUUACUGGACCAAGACUCUGCUCUCAGUGAGAAAGACGUGUCAGUCAAGAAACAGUCGACAGAUAACUCAGACGCUGAAGGGCCCGAGGAGGAUACCGUGGAGCUGGAGUUGGCCCUUGAGCGAAAAAAAGCUGAAUUGAGAGCCCUUGAAGAUGGCGAUGGAAGCGCUGGUGGUUCUAGUCCUUGUUCUGAGGCCAGUCAAGAUGCCACAAACUCUGGGAGCACUUUGUUCAAAAAGAAACGAUGGAAAACCGUCUUCCCUGCUGCUCUCAGCCCAGACGCCAACAGCAGAAGCUCUAACGCACCAGAAAGCACAGACACAGCUCCAUCAAAAGUCGUUGAUGGUGCUGUGCAGGGAGAAGAGAAAGAAAUGGAGACUAACAAUCCUGAGGACAAUGAUGCCGAAAAUCCAACUAAAGAAGAAGUGGAAACACCAGAGCUCAAGUUUCAGAUAGGAGAACUUGCCAACACCUUAACCAGCAAGAUGGAGUUUCUAGGGAUAAAUAAGAAAACUAUCUCAAAUUUUCAACUUCUUCUUCUGCAAACAGAGACUAGGAUCGCUGACUGGAGGGAGGGUGCUCUGAAUGGGAUGUAUCUCCGGCGCAGGCUGCAAGAAGCUGCCGAACACAUAAAAUAUUACGAACUUAACGCCACACCUAAAGGCUGGUCCUGCCACUGGGACAGAGAACACAGGCGGUAUUUUUAUCUGAACGAGCGGACGGGUGCAUCACAGUGGGACUUUCCAACAGAGGAGGACAAGGGAGAGGAUGCCAAAGGAGGAUCAUCUGCUGCUAAACCCAGCACACAGUGGACCUCAUCCCAGCCUCCUCUUCCAAGUAGCCCACCGCCCCCCCUCUUCAGCAGUUCUCCGCCCCCACCACUGCCCCCAGACUCUCCACCCACGCCCCCCCCUCUGCCCGACAGCGACUCAGAGAUCAUGGAGGUGGAAAUGGAGAUGGAUGACGAUGACGGGGAACCUCCAGCCCCUGGCACAGAAGAGGACAAUGGGCCUCCUCUACCACCGGGCAUCACCAACACACGGGUUGUAGAGUCAAGUGCCUUUGGGAGGACUCUCAAACGCAAAGCUGGCCAGUCGAGUAAAACUGUUACGAUUGGAAGUAAUCCCAUUCGUUACACUCAGCCUAUUGCAAGUGCAGCUCCCAUAAUGCCAGUGACUGCUUAUUGGGGUGUGCCAGCUGUUCCUCUAGUGCCUUCUGAACCGCCUAUGCCACCACAGCCUCCACUGCCACCACUGCCCCCACCCCAACCCCCCUCAGAACCUCCUCCACCCAAACCCACAGAGAAAAUCAAAAAGACCAAAACUAAGUCAAAGAAAGUAAAAACCAAAAUGCCAUCUUUGGUGAAAAAGUGGCAGAGUAUACAGAAAGAACUCGAUGAGGAGGAGAAAAGCAGCUCCAGUGAUGAAGACCGAGACCUGCUCAACAAGAAAAGUAUAGAAGAAUGGAAGUAUCAGCAGCUAAUGACGGGCAAGGCUUCGAAAAAUGCCAACUUUGAAGCUAUUCCAGACAACUGGCGGGAACGAAUAAAAAAACGGAAGAUGAUGAACAGUACAUAACACUUAAUCCAACGUGUCUGCCUUAUUAAGUUAACAUCUAUUUAAACUAAAGAUGCAUUAUCUCCUUGGCCAUGAGAUCAAUUCCCACUAGGACCUGUUGUGGCUGAAUGUUUGUUUGAGAAGUUAAGAUUGUUGUGCCAUAAGAUCAUCGUCAUGUACUGCUCAUUACAUCAACUUAUCACCAAACUCCAGAGACAUUUGUGUAUUUUCGGGGACACUUUUUCAACUGUGUAUAUAUCUGUAUCAUUUUGUGAUUAUAAACAAUGUUAUGGAAUGUGAGGGAACAUUAUAUGUACAUUUUUGUAUUUAAAAUGUUAUUAAACGUGUUUUUCCAAA